UUGUCAAGUCAAGUGUAUAUUAUGACGUGCACCUUUCUCUCGUCUGCUCUCGUCGUCUCUUGACAUUAAAUCAAUCUUAUUAUCCGUAAAUCUAGAAUAUAUAUUGCAAACGCCCAAGCUAAUUAGUCUGUUGAAUUUUUAAUCGCCCGUGUGAAGUCGAGUAUUUAGAAAUGUAUCAAUUCUUAAGACUAUUUUAUUGAAUACAGUGUUUGUUAUAUAUUAUACUUUCCAAAUAACUGUAAACAUGGAAGAUAAGGUUGGUGCUUCAGAAAAACCUGUUCUCUCAUUUGUUUCAAAGAGAAUAUCCAAAUUAUUGGAAACCAGACCGGAAAAUGAUAAAGAUACAUUGGAAGCAUUAAAAGAACUGUCAACAUUUUACACAGAAAAUACACCAGAUGAAAGGCGCAAUCUUCGCACGAAAAUCGAAAAAAGAAACUCGGCUAUCAAUGAAGAUUUCUUAGUAGCAUUCAAGGAAGUUAAAAAUGUUUUGGAUGAUAUGAGGGAAGACGUUUAUGGGAUGAGCCAGUGUCUAGAAAGUAUGACGACUCGACUGCAAAUAACGAAAGCUAAGACCAUGCAACUUAUGGAACAAACGACUAGAUUACAAAAUGAAAGUGAAAAGUUAUCAAUGCAAAAAGAAAUAGCUUUAGCAUUCAUAAGAACUUUCCAGCUAACGCCUGAUGAAGUAGCUGUUUUACACGGCAAUACUCGAGAAGCUUCAAUAACAGAAGAAUUCUUUGUUGUCUUGAGUAAAGUACAGGAAAUUCACAAUAACUGCAGACUGCUAAUGCAAUCGGGUCAUCAAACUUUAGCAUUGGACAUCAUGCAUAGAAUGACUUUACUGCAAGAAGAUGGAUUAGACCGGCUUUGCAGGUGGACUCAAACUCACUGUCGACACAUUGAAAAUGAACAGUUGAUUCCACUUUUAACCAAAGCUAUGGGUAAAUUGCAAGAAAGAACUAUUCUUUUCAAAUAUGUUCUUGAUGAGUACUGCACCGCGCGACGAUCAAUCCUGGUGAGUUCAUUCAUUGAUGCUCUCACUCUUGGAAAAGGACAUGGCAGUGGCUCCAAUCCUAUAGAAAUGCAUGCAAAUGAUCCAAAACGAUAUAUAGGCGAUAUCUUUGCUUGGCUACACCAAGCAAUUCCGGCAGAAAAGGAAAAUCUCUUUGUUCUGCUUAAAGCUUGUGAUAAAUCAGCCAUGAUGGAUCAAAUAUCACAAGCUUUAAGUAACAUAACGGAAGGCCUGUGCCAUCCAUUGAGAUCCCGAAUUGAACACAUCGUCGCUUUAGAGGCACCAUCCACAAUCUUGUACUCUGUUACCACUCUUAUGCGAUUUUAUCGCGCUACUCUCAAAGCCGUAAUUCAAGACAGUGUGUUGGAUUUAAUGCUUGACGAGCUGUUGGAAUUAAGCGAGAGAAGCUUUAUAAACAGACUUCAGAGAGAAACUAGAAUUGCCCUUGGUGAAAGAGUUGAGCCACCCGAUACAGAUUUAGUACCGGCACCUUCGAUCUCGCGUCUGUUAUCCCUUUUAAAUGAAGUAUUAUCCGUUGCAAGCAUAGCUGAGGAUAGAGAAAAAGAUAUGUUGCAAAUUGUUUCGUGUAUUAUUGAUCCAUUAUUACAAGAGGUAAACGAAACAGCUUCACGACUACCAACGGUUGAUAUGGCUGUGUACCUUUUAAAUUGUAUUCAUCAGAUUCACUCUACUUUGGCUCUCUAUGAAUACAUGGAUCAUAGAUUAGAAAGAUUACAAGCACAAUCAGAUGCUCAAAUCGACACACUGACAUCGGAGCAAGCAGGUUCUUUGGUUGCAAAUUUGAAUCUUGGUCCAAUCUAUAACAUUCUACAAAGUCGCGAUUUGCAGGGACCUUUAUCUUCUAUUCCUGGAAUGGACUCUCUCAGUAUUAAAGAAUUCACUAAUAAACUGGAAACAUUCCUCGUCGUGCCAGAAGUUCUUUUAUUGCCGCAAAUUUCCUUACUUCAGAGCAGCACGCACAGGUUAACUACUCAAAGACGAGCUUUCGAAAUCAUCAGUGCAAUUUACAAGCAACUCUAUGACGCCUGUUACGAACCGAAAAAUCUUUACCCAAAUCCAAAAAUUUUAUUCUACCAUACUCCCGAAGAGAUGGAAAAACUGCUCGUAGCUCCUUAAUCGAAGUCUUUUGAAGGAGUAAGAAGAGAUUUUAUGUGUCAUUAUAAGUGUACGUGCCUCUUUUAAGUAUCUCAUUGAAUGU